AUGCUGAAGGAGCUCCAGAUCUUCCUGUUGGCCAUUCUGCUGCUUUCCUGUGGCUUCCUCUACCAGCUCACCCUGAAGUCCAGCUGCCUCUUCUCCUGCCUGCCCACCAACAAGUCCCAGCAGGGGCUGGGAUCCCUCCUGGGCAAGGGACGCAGCAUUGUGUUCCUAGAGACCUCUGAGCGAAUGGAGCCUCCCCCGCUGGUCUCCUGUGCUGUGGAGUCCGCUGCCAAGGUUUACCCUGAGCAGCCGGUGGUGUUCUUAAUGAAGGGUCUCAGAAAUUCCAUGCCGUUGCCUCCAAACUCCACGUACCCAGCCUUUUCCCUCCUCUCAGCAAUAGACAAUGUUUUCCUCUUCCCUUUGGAUAUGAAAAGACUGUUUGAAGACACACCAUUGUUUUCAUGGUACACUCAAAUCAACUCCAGUGCUGAGAGGAACUGGCUCCACGUCAGCUCAGAUGCGUCCCGCCUGGCCAUCAUCUGGAAGUACGGCGGCAUCUACAUGGACACCGAUGUCAUCUCCAUCAGGCCCGUCCCCGAGGAGAACUUUUUGGCAGCACAAGCUUCUCAGUACUCGAGUAACGGCGUGUUUGGAUUCCUCCCCCGCCACACCUUCCUGUGGGAGUGCAUGGAGAACUUUGUUGAACACUACAAUUCACACCUUUGGGGCAACCAGGGACCCGAUUUGAUGACGAGGAUGUUGAGGCUGUGGUGCAAACUUGAAGACUUCCAGGAGGUGAGCGACCUCAAGUGUUCGAACUUGUCCUUUCUACACCCCCAAAGAUUUUACCCCAUCUCCUAUCCAGAGUGGAGGCGCUACUAUGAAGUCUGGGACACAGACCCGAGCUUCAAUGACUCCUACGCCCUGCAUCUGUGGAGCCACAUGAACCAGGAAGGGAGGGGUGUGGUUAGAGGCAGCAACACGCUGGUGGAGAAUCUCUACCGCAAGCACUGUCCUAGGACCUACCGGGUCCUGGUUCAAGGCCCAGAAGGGUUGGUGACUGGGGAGUUGGGCCCAGGGGACAAAUAG